AUGGGUGAAGUUGAGAGGUUUGACUUGAGCUUUCAUGCGCAAGAUGAUUCCGAUUCAUCCAAAUUGAAUACUGCGCAAUGGAAAACAAUUCUUGCCAAUCACCCGGAAAUCGAGUUUGUAUGGCUGCAGUUCAUGCUAUUUGAGGGUACCACUCGAAUGAGGAUGAUACCCGCUGCAUACUUUACUAGUAUGAUGCAGAAGAAUCGAAAUAUCAGCCUUUCAUCAGCAUAUCUCCAUGCCCUUCGCAAUGAUGAUAUUGCGCCUGGUGCGGCAUCCACCGGCGAGAUGUAUCUGGCACCCGAUAUAUCCACUGCUUCCAUGAAUUCCAAUGAAAGCUCGCGAGUUCGCAUCCUUGCAAACAUGGUGAACCAAGAUCAAACUCCGCGACCCGAAUGUAUUCGAUCAAAGUUGUCCAACCUGUCAGACAUACUGUCCCACCUCCACGGAUUUUAUCUCCUGAUUGGAUAUGAAAUCGAGGUCGUCUUCUUUCGAAGGGAGGAUAAUGAAGGUGCCGAGCCUUUCGUAAACCACAAAUGCUCUGCGAUGACAUUUGAAAUGCGUUCAUUGUUGCCGAUGAUAGAAAACAUUGUCAGAGGCUUUCAUGAAGAGCAAGUUCCUCUUGAACAGUAUCACUCAGAGCUUGCUCCUGGGCAAUGGGAGUUUGUCCUUGCGCCCCAACAGCCCUUGAAGGCUGUUGAUACUCUUGUUCGCGCCCGGGAGAUCAUCUCCAGGAGUACGGGUAUCGUGCAACCUUACAUCCUCGACCUUUUCCUGAUAAUUGUGGCACGGGAGCCCAUGUCCAUCUUUCCGUCAACUCUGUUGACUCAUUAUCGCCCCCCCGAGGCACAAUUCUCAGACCCCUUUUUCGCGGGGAUUAUCGAUCAUCUUCCAUCCCUCAUGGCAUUUUGUCUCCCCCUAGAUGCUUCCUAUGGGAGACUGGCGACUGGGAUUUGGAGCGGGGGAGAAUUCGUGAGUUGGGGAUGGCAGAACAAAGAAACUGCCUUGCGUCGCAUCACCAAUAAUCGAUUUGAAUUGAAGAUUCAUUGUGGAAUGGCAAACCCAUACAUAUCCCUCGCUGCAAUCAUGGCAGCGGGUCUUGAUGGUCUCAGAAAAUCACUGCCACUUGUCGCAGGAGACUGUCAAGUCUCUCCCGCCGAGCUGUCAGAAGAGCAGCGCAGCCAGCUUGGCAUCAAACCUCUUCCACGUGAUAUGCAACAAAGUAUGAAGUGCCUGGCUCAAGAUAACGAUCUGCAAAGGGUCUUGGGGGAAAAGUACACGGCCACUUACCUUGAUGUGGUUAGGGAGUGGAAUAAGCAAGUCGAUGAAAUGGACGAGACAGCGAGACGAAUCACGCUUUUACAGAAUUACUAA